UCGUGUCUAAAGACAUUAGCUUUAUGAAGCAAUGUUGUAAGUAUUUGAUGUCAUUGUUUUAAAAUUAUUACUUAAAUAAUUAUUAUAUCAGUAUAUUAAAUAAAUAUUAUAUCAAAAUAUUAAAUACAUAUAAUUAAAAAUAAAAUACGAAUAUGUCAGCACGAAAAAAUGUUCAAACUGGAUUUCAACCGGAUUCCGAUGUUUAUAUUACAUAUGAAGAUCAACAAAAAAUUAAUAAAUUUGCAAGGCAAAAUGCUAAAAUGGAUGAUUUAAAAGAAGAAUCAAAAAUUAAACAAAAUGAAUUAAAGAAUUUAGAAGAUGCAUGUGAUGAAAUAUCUCUUUUAGAUGAAGAUGCAAAAAUUCCAUAUCACAUUGGUGAAGUUUUUAUUUAUGAAGAUUUAGAAAGGACACAGAAUUACUUAGAUGAAAUUAAAGAGAAGAAAAAAAAGGAAAUCUCAAAUUUGGAAAGUAAAUGUAUCGAUUUAAAAAAUGUCAUAACUGAUUUAAAAACAAAAUUAUAUGCAAAGUUUGGUAGCCGUAUAAAUUUAGAAGCAGAAGAGGAUUAAUUUAUCAAAUAUCCAUAUAAUGCUUUUUAUAAUAUGAAAUAAAAUUUUAAUAUUAUUAUUGCCUCAUCUUCUAAUGCAUAUAAUGUAUCUAAGUUUAUAUACUUCUUGCUCAUCGUAUAUAUAAAAAUCAUAUUUAUCCACAUGUUAAUUAAUUGUUAUUGUAUAAUAAAUAACUAAUAAAUUAAUUAUAA